AUGACUACAGGCAGGAUCAACCAGGUUAAUAUAGAGCGCUUGACUGUGGAAUUCCUGACUAGGCAACAUUCCGGCUCAUGUGGAACGCCGAAGGCUCAGGGUUCUGCGGCGAAGCGCGCGAGUUCCCAGCGCAGCCAGAGAAGCCGUAUGCGCUCGCAAAGCCGUGGAAGCAAGCGAGAUCCCGGUAUGGAAUCCCUUCCCGAGCUUCCUCGCCCCCACUGCGAAAUGUGCGGCGCCGCGGAGUGCCUGCGGCCGUGGCUCGACGACCGCUGCCACUGCAAGGCCUGUCUGGGACUGCAGAAAGGCGAGUGUGAAUCUCCGCGAAUGAAGGCACGCCGAGCCUCGCAGCCAUCGUGCGAAUCGUUCUAUGCGUCAAAAUGCAUGAAACACCAAUUCGAGACCCGCGCACAGACCAUGAAAUCCAGGCAGCCGACGACGAAGGAUAUGCUCAUGAAACACUUCUCAAAGCGCAGCCGCACGUUCGAAGAAGCCGCGAAGGGCGAUAAACCUCUCGCGACCAUCAAAACGCACGCGUCCCAGACGACAGUGAAGCGGCAAGAAUCGGAAAAGAUCACCCCCCCAGAGGGCCAAAAUGCAGCUGGGCGGGUAGAUGGGGAGCGACGUGCUUAUUCGUGUGAAUCAAUGACCCCGUCCGUCCGCCUGAAUCUCUGGAUCACUCUCACGCCGCAGACACGCCUCCACGAGGGUCGUACUGUAGGCUCACCCUCUUUGAUGCUUGACAGGAAACAGCUUUCUUUGCAGCUGCCUUCGGCGGCGAUGCGAUCGCGCGGUUCGUCUCGCGGCCGCUCCAGCAGCCGCCGACGAGACGCCGGCGUCGACUCGACGCCGGCGCUCCCCCGGCCCCACUGCGAGAUGUGCGGCGCGGCGGAGUGUCUGCGACCGUGGCUCGACGACCGAUGUCACUGUGACGCGUGCCUCGGCCUCGAAAAACGCGAGUGUAGUUCGCCUCGCAUGCGCGCUCGCAAAGCCUCGAACCCGACCUGCGAGUCCUUCUACGCCUCCAAGUGCCAGAGACACGAAUUCGAAAUGCAGACGCCUGUCAAAUCUAGAUUGCCGACGACGCGCGUACCGGAGAAACAACCGCCGCACGCCACUCUAAAGAAGGAACAGACGCUCGCUCAAAUGCGUGACGAAAACGCUCUCUCGACCCUCACGACGACCGCCACGAUCAAGUAA